AUGCUCACUCCCAAGCUGAAGAAGUUUUAUGAAGAACUGGGAGAUGCAGAUCGACCGAAUCUGGAAGUAGUAUGGAUCUCUCGUGAUAAAGAAGCCGCGGAUCAGCUGGAGUACUAUGAGAAAGCAAUGCCACCAUGGUACUAUAUACCGUUUGGCGAUCCGAACAUCCAAGGCUUUUCUGGAGAAAUAUAA